UCUUUCUCCCUUUUUUUCCUAAUCACGAACAAAGAAUAUGAGAUACGCUGUGGCAGUUAUUGUGGAUCAGUGGCGUAUAGCCAGGAAUUUUUCAGUGUUGUUGAUGUUCAUUUGAGGUCAUUUAGCCAAUAACAAUAAUACAGCCUUUGAUAAACUACGUUUUCUAAAGGCUUUGUGUACCAUCACGUGCCAUCAAUUCCCACCUGCAUGUGAUUUAAGUUUAUUGCAGGUAUACCGAUGGGUCACUAGGAAGUUCAAUCUGGCUUACAGACAUCCACCAAGACGUAAUCAGAGCAGACGUGACAAUCAACAAACAGUAUGGAUCAUUCAUUGGCACAUCACAUCUUGUGUGUGGUAGUCUUGUUCUUCGCCAUUCCCGAGAAACCAGCGUCAGCUGUUGCGCAGUGCUCGGGAAAAACUCAAGGUAAACACUUUAUCAUUGGUUUCACUGAUAACCUAGUUGUAUACCAAAACACCAGGCGGCCAUCUAUUUUCAUAUCGACAAUGAGUGAUCAGCUGACAACGGUCAACAUGAGCAGCAACUUUCAGAUAGAUGGGUCACCGUUCACUGAAGACCUGAUCCUUCAGCCUAGGGGAUCUCAACAGACUGACAUCCCCGAUGAGUUCACGAUGUUGGGCAGUGAGCGUAGCCUGAAAGCCAUUGAGAUCGUUGCUUCAAAUGAGAUAUCAGUGCACGGAUUUCUAAACCAGCGAACUACAACCGACGGCUUUCUUGGUAUACCCGUAAAUAGCCUUGGUCAGCAGUACGUAGUGGUUACGGCUGCGCCUUUGAUCUCGUCACAGUUUGCCGUCAUUGGUACUGAAGAUUCCACUUCGGUUCAGGUUACUUUACGCGGUGGCACAUCAUUCGAAGGACAGACUUACUUUGCUGGUGACAUUGUAAAGUUCAUGGUAAAUAAACUGGAAUCGGUUCACAUCUGGGCCGGAAAAAAUUCCCCCGAUGACUUAACAGGAAGUAUCAUUCAAACUGACAAACCGGUUGCUGCGUUUAGUGGCAAUCACUGUGCAAAUCAACCGGGUACAUUCUGCGACACGCUGGUAGAGCAGCUCGUUCCCGUCAGGAGCUGGGGAAAGGAGCACAUCUACACCGCGGCCCGGAGUGACGAUGAGAACACCUACCGAAUUGUCGCUUACUGUAACGAAACCACACUCACCAUCCCGGGAUACGAAGAUAUAUCACUAGAACCUGGAGACUUCUGGCAGGGGAGUCUGAGUGGUUCCGGACUCAUAUCGGCAAGCCAGCCAAUCCUCGUCAUGCAGCAGUUGGCGUCCAUCAACAACAUAGUAGUCGACCCGUCUUUGACACAGGUGCCCGCAGUCCAGCACUUCGGCUACGAAGUUGGCUUCCUGACACCUGCCAACGCUGGACACGAUCCGAAUGGUUUCUUCAAUUACAUUAAUAUUGUUGUGAAAAGUGAUUCUCGUUCAACUCUGACUAUUAAUGGCUCUCCAAUUACUGGAACCGGUGUACAUGAAAGUCCUGUACCUCAUACCGACUACACAUCAAUCACUGUUGAACUACCCAAAGGUGGAGGGGUCUACUUUGUCGAGCAAACAGAUCCCCAUUCGUCAUCGUUCACAGCCGUUGUCUAUGGCUACGAAGAAUAUUUGUCCUACGCUUAUGCUGCCGGUUUGGUUUUGCCGUUGACUUCUACAUGUCCUGACAUUCCAGAGAUAACUACAAUUAGUCCUACCACUACGGACAAACCGCUGCAAUGUAAGAAGAAAUGCAUUGGGUAUAAUUUUCGAAGUCGUUCGCACACUAACAAUAAACCGACAUUCUCAUGGCGGCGUUUUAGGGGUGCAGACCUGUAAGUAGGCCCAAAAUUGCCCACGCCGGCCAAAUCACAAUUUGCAGGCCCUCACAGUCUCCGGU